UUGAUCGGGUCUUAGGAAAUGCAAGGUCCCUCGGUCACCAGGCCGACCGGUCAUUUUUUUUCAGACAAAGGGCCGACCGAUCAUUUAUUAGUACUCUGCUUAUCGGGCCAUUGGCACAGCUCUAGAGCUCCGGAUCUGGAUCGACUUAUUAUUCUCCCCCCGGUCAACGCCUUUGCCUGCUGAGCCAGGGAAUGAUUGAUCCGCUCAUGAUCUACAAGACGAGAAGCAAGCCCAGUUUUGCUCCUAGCUAGCUGCUUUCUCCUCCUCCUCCAAUCUCCAGCAACGAAUGAAGGAGAAGCUGGCAACCAUAUUCAUAUCCAUAAUCCAUAUCUAUAUGCGAGCUAUUGCUUGCUAGAAAGCUUCUUGCUCGCAUACUCGGAAAUGGGCGGAUACGAGUUCCAGAGGGCGGAGCUAGAUGCACUGGAAGGCGUCGUACGCGAUCCAACUGCGGAGCCAAUGAGUCUGACGUUGCCGCUUCUCAGGCACAUAACAAAUGAUUUCUCCCCUGAAUUUGAAAUUAGUAAAGAUGAUUCUGCAGUGGUUUACCUGGGGGUGCUUCCAAGUGGGUUCCGUGUUGCUGUCAAGAAGCUUCACAAUCGUCAUUGGUUAGAAGAUGAAGAUGCAUUUAUAAAUGAAGUUUCUAUCGCAAUGAAGGCUGCUAAGAAGAACACAGUGCGAGUUAUAGGCUACUGUCAGCACACGCAAGAGCAAAUUGCCGAAUACGAAGGAAAACAAGUUUUCGCCGAGCUAACAGAAAGGUUGAUCUGUACCGAGUAUGUGCCUAACGGACCCCUUAGUGGACAUAUCGAAGGUAAGAUAUGUGCGCAAAUGGAUGGAUACGAGUUCCAGAGGGCAGAACUAGAUGCACUAGAACGCGUCGUACGCGAUACAAGUGCGGAGCCAAUGAGUCUGACGUUGCCGCUUCUCAGGCACAUAACAAAUGAUUUCUCCGAUGAAUCUCGAAUUGGCCGAGGUGGAUUCGCAGUGGUUUACCUGGGGGUGCUUCCAAGUGGGUUACGUAUUGCUGUUAAGAGGCUUAGCAAUAUUGCUUAUAUGAAUGAAAGUGCAUUUCAAAAUGAAGUGUUUAUCACAAUGAAGGCCACUCACAAGAACACAGUGCGAUUCAUGGGCUACUGUAGUCAAAUACAAGGUAAACUCAUCGAACACAACGGGCAACAUGUUUUCGCACAGCUCGAGGAAAGGUUGAUCUGUGUGGAAUAUGCGCCUAAAGGAACCCUUGAUGCACAUAUCGGUGACUAUGGUGAACUUGACUGGAACCAGCGUUAUCAAAUUCUAAAAGGAAUUUGUCAGGGUUUGCAUCAUCUCCAUGACGAAAUGCACGUUUUUCAUGGAGAUAUCAAACCAGCCAAUAUAUUAAUAGGGGAUAACCUUGUGCCUAAAAUCUAUGACUUCGGUCUCUCCCAGAUGUUUGAAGAAGAAGAAACGGAACGUAUUGUUAAAAAUAUGGCCGGAACAUUGUGUUAUCUUGCACCGGAGGUACUUAACACUCAUAUGAUGUCAUUUAAGGCUGAGAUAUACAGUUUGGGCGUUGUGAUCGAGGAGUUAUUGACCGGGAAGAAAGGAUGGAUUGAUGAGGAUGUGAGAAAACUAUUUGUACAGCAACUUAAGGGUUUGAGAAAAACAUUGGUAAAAGAAGGAGCGUUUUCAUCAUGGGAAAACAAAUACCACCAAGUUAGAACAUGUAUGGAGAUUGGGCAGGACUGCAUAGACCCCAACCCACAUAAAAGGCCCACUUUGUUUGAGAUUAUCCAGCGGCUUAAUGAAGCGGAAGAUAUGAACUAUUCUGCAGCAUCACUUUGGCAGUCAGGAGACGAGGAAUCCGAUUUAUCGGAUACAGAAGCUUUGGAGACAGAGACAACAUCCGAGUUUCUUCCAAGUGACGAGGAACCCGCCUCUGUGGGCAAGACCGGAGAAACAAGCACACAGGAGCCUGAUAAACCGGACCUAGUAAGUAAGUUGCCAGCAUCGGUGGACCUGUCUGACCUAAAAGUCCUGGAGAAAAUCACAGAUGAUUUUUCACACGAAAGAAUAGUUGGGAAGGACGGUACAUUCAAAGGUUGUCAUAAGGCAUUUGUUUAUAAGGUACACAUAGUUGGUGACAUUCCACGUAGAGAAAUGAUAGCCGUGAAGAGGUUAAUUGGAGUGGAGAUUCCAGUUGAAAAGUUUAAGAGGGAAGCAGAACAGUUCAUUCGUCUCGAUCAUAAGAAUAUAGUAAAGGUUGCCAGCUACUGCCACGACCAGUCUACAGGACAUAGACUGGUACAGUUCAAAGGAAAACCGCUACCACAACUCUUUAACGGUCCCGAACAACUGCUCUGCUAUGAAUAUAUGCACAACGGAAGCCUUCGCGACUAUCUUAUGGGUCAAGGAUCUCGUGAAAUUGAUUGGCAAAUGCGUUACAAAUUGAUCAAAGGGACUUGCGCAGGCUUAGAUUACCUUCACAAGGGCCGUGCAGGUUGUCCAAUUGUUCAUUUGAAUUUAAGCCCGUCAAAUGUAUUGCUGGACCACAACUACAUACCACGCAUCACAGGGUUCGAUUUUUCGAAGCUCAUUGGUGAAAAGAACACCAAAUCCGUGGUACUUAAGCUGAAUGGACCCAUAGCGUACCUGCCACCGGAUUUCUUCCAUUCAAAGGGUACUGAUCUUAAAUAUCUUGCUACGGUAGAUAUAUACAGCUUGGGUCUUAUGAUUUUAGAAAUCGCAACACAACAAGAGAUCAAAGGCAUCCAUGGAGUGCUUAUUAAGAGUAUAGAGGAAAACUGGAGGGAAGAGUCACAAAUAACACGGCUGUAUACCUCACUAGGGGCCGACGAGCUGCGGCAAGUAAAAAUGUGCAUUGAUAUUGGCCUAGACUGUGUCAAGUCAAACCCUGAAAAGAGACCUACAGCUGGGGCCAUCAUGCUCUGGCUUGACAAAGAGAGCAAACCGGUCCCAGUUUCAAGGGCAGGUGCAGGAGUGCUGCCAAGACCUCCGGUCCCUACUAAUAUCAACCAUGCAGGUCGCAUCCAAGAAAAGGAGAAGGCGGGAUUCCUGAAACGACACUUCGGAUGGAAGAAGUAACCACCUGCGCUGGCUUGUAUUCCUGUGAAUAUUAUAGAUGGUUCGACAAAGCUCGUGGUUAACCGAAGGAGGAUAUUUGAGAGCUUUUGUGUUAGAACAUGGCCAUCUUGUGCGUCCGCAGCAGCCGGGGUCAUCAGGAGGGAGUGCUCACUGCAUGGACCAGAUCACGCUCUGUCAGCCAUGGGAGUCGUGCGCACAUAGUGCCACACAUGUAACGUUUAGUUGUGUGAUCUGAACUGUUAUGUGUCGUGUAACCUACCUCAUGUGUGUGUAUGAUAAAGAAAGAACCACAUCAGUGGAAGAGUUAAACCAAUCGUAUGGUAUGACAGGUGAGACGUCACAUAUGUGGAAGCAAAAAAGAGUUGGAGGUAAGGUGGUUUUCGUACA